UGCGUCGCCCGGGGCCUUCCUCUCUAUCCUUCUGUCUCUGUGGUAGCCGGCGGCCGGGGCUCCGCCCCUCUUCGGCUGGCUGCGCGCCCUUCGGACUCUACCCGGAGCGGACCCCGGGCUGCUGGGCUCCCGCGUCUGUCGGAUGUCCCGGGUCAUGUCGGUCCGGAGGCCCGGUCCUGGGGCUGGCGCCAGGCCCAGGUUAGACCUGCAAUUUCUCCAGCGGUUCCUGCAGAUACAGAAAGUGUUGUUUCCCUCUUGGUCAUCACAGAAUUCCUUGAUAUUCCUGACCCUUUUGUGUGUGGCCCUACUGGAACAACUGGUGAUCUACCAGGUUGGCUUAAUUCCCAGUCAGUACUUUGGGGUCCUAGGAAACAAAGACUUGGAUGGGUUUAAGACCCUGACAUUCCUGGCUGUCAUGCUCAUCGUCCUCGAGUCCAUGCUGAAGAGCUUUGACCAGUUCACCUGCAACCUGCUGUAUGUGAGCUGGAGGAAGGGCCUCACGGAGCACCUCCACCGCCUCUACUUCCGGGGCCGCGUGUACUACACCCUUAACGUGCUGCAGGACGACAUCGAUAACCCGGACCAGCGCAUCAGCCAGGAUGUGGAACGGUUCUGCCGGCAGCUCAGCAGCAUGGCCAGCAAGCUGAUCGUCUCCCCCUUCACCCUCAUCUACUACACCUAUCAGUGCUUCCAAAGCACAGGCUGGCUUGGUCCUGUGAGCAUCUUCGGGUAUUUCAUCCUGGGAACCAUGAUGAACAAAAUGUUGAUGGGUCCCAUUGUGGCGAAGCUGAUGCAGCAAGAGAAGCUGGAAGGGGAUUUCAGGUUCAAGCACAUGCAGAUCCGAGUGAAUGCUGAGCCUGCUGCCUUUUUCAGGAGCGUGAGGAGGCACGGGGGCCCCCUAGCCGGGCUGAGGCUCUCCAGGCCCCAUGGACACCCCAGCCUUUCUCAUCAGAGCUGGGCACGUGGAGCACAUGAGGACAGACCGCAGGCUGCAGAGACUCCUUCAGACCCAGAGGGAGCUGAUAUCCAAAGAGCUCUGGCUGUACAUGGCGUCUAUGGAGACCUGAGCCCCACGGAGCUCAGCAGCCUGGUCAGCAAGAAUGCCUUUGUGUGCCUGUACCUCACCAACUGCUUCACCCGGCUCAUCGACCUCUCCGCCACACUCUCCGACGUGGCUGGUUACACACACAGGAUCGGGGAGCUUCAGGAGACCCUGCUGGACAUGUCCCUGAAAUCGAAGGAUGAUGAGAUCCUGGACGAGAGUGAGUGGAACUUGGACAGGCUCUGUGAUGUUUCUGACCUUUCUGUGCAUCAAGGAAUUGUUUCCUGUCCUCCUUGUUUUGGAGGCCCAGGAUGGCCAGGAGCAGAGCCGACAGACACCGCUUUUCUCCUUGAGCGGGUCUGCAUCUCCGCCCCCUCGUCUAACAAACCCUUAAUCAAGGACCUGAGCCUGAAGAUCUCCGAGGGGCAGAGCCUGCUUAUCACAGGCAACACAGGCACGGGCAAGACCUCUUUGCUCCGGGUUCUGGGCGGCCUCUGGGCAAGCACACGAGGCUCAGUGCAGAUGCUGACAGACUUUGGACCCCAUGGGGUGCUGUUCCUGCCACAGAAGCCCUUCUUCACUGACGGGACCCUCCGAGAACAGGUGAUAUAUCCCUUAAAGGAGAUCUACCCGGAUUCAGGUUCUACGGAUGAUGAAAGGAUCAUGAGGUUCUUGGAGUUGGCAGGCCUGUCCAGCUUGGUAGCCAGGACAGAGGGUCUGGACCAGCAGGUCGAUUGGAACUGGUAUGAUGUUCUGUCCCCUGGAGAGAUGCAGAGGCUCUCCUUUGCCCGGCUCUUCUACCUGCAGCCAAAGUAUGCAGUGCUUGAUGAAGCCACCAGUGCCCUGACUGAGGAGGUGGAGAGCGAGCUCUACCGCGUCGGCCAGCAGCUGGGCAUGACAUUUGUCAGCGUGGGGCAUCGGCGCAGCCUUGAGAAGUUUCACUCCUUGGUUCUGAAACUCUGUGGAGAAGGAAGGUGGGAGCUGACCAGAAUCAAAAUGGAAUGAAGCCAAGGAUGUGGCUGGCCACCAGAAGGAGAGCCAAGCUCUUGGAGGUCGAGUCUCCAGGAGAGACCAGGAGGGCUGAUGGGGUGAGGAAUGAGGCCCAGGUUUGCAUCACGGGUCCUGUGUGGGGAGCUCUGGCAGCAGUGGGCUCAGCCCACAUACAGCCUUCGUGGGACACAGUCCCGCCAGGGCUCCUCCUGCUGCUUCAGCCAGAGCUUUGUACACUUGAAGUGCUGAUUACACUAAAGAAAAACCUGAAAGUAUGGGAUCUACAAGAAAUGAAGGGUCAAAAUGGAGAGAGUAUUGGACUUGGAGUCAAGAGACCCAGAAAUCUUUUAGAUCAGUUCUGUUUUGCAACCAUAGGUUUUUAACUUUAAUCAAUUAAUUGUUUAAAUUUUGUAACUUUUUGAAAAAGAAAAGAUAAACUUUUUUUAAAAAACUU